UUCCUGUCUCUCAACAGACGUGAAAGUAACUUCGGCAAAACUGUUCUGAGUCGUUAUAAGUCCAACGAAAGCCUUGUCAGCCCUCAAGAUAAAACUAGCAAAACUGAGAGCAAAACCAGCACUGUCAGCACUUCAUCAGGUAGCACUGUCCAGGCGCUCUCUAAAAGAUUCGGUGGCAGCCAGGACCAACUGAAUGAAACCAGAACAACAGGAACUAAAACAACUGUGAAAACGGAGCCUAGGAAAAGCUCUACUUCUACAACAACAACGACAAUCAAAGAUGGUGCAAAGAUAACUGAGACAACUGUGACUACUACCAAGCAGGAUGUGGUGAAAUCAUCUACCAAGUCUGAGACACUCACUGAUAAAGACCUGGCAGGUUUAAGCACCAAGAGUUCUGGUAAUUACAAGACUGAAGUCAUUACUAUCAAGUCAUCAAAGGACACUGUUGAUGGACCAACUUCACCUUUGAAGACCACCACAAGUGGCAAAACCUACACCAAAGGGGAUGUUUCACCGACUAAAUCAACAACAUAUUCUGUCCGCUCCACAAAGAGCACUGAGGAUCAACUGUUUGAUACUCUCAUACCAACAUCAAUUAAGUCAGCCAACACUGCCAGCAGUGACUACAAGACUGAAGUGGUUACUGUGAAGACAUCGAAGGCCAUCAGUGAUGUACCAACUUCACCUCUCAAGACCACCACAAGCAUCAAGACCUACACCAAGGAGGAUGUUUCACCCACUAAAACAACAUCUUACAGCACAAAGAGUGACUACAAGACUGAAGUGGUUACCGUGAAGUCUUCAAAGGACAUCGUUAAUGUACCAGCUUCACCUGUCAAGACCACUACAAGCAUCAAGAGCUACACCAAGGAGGAUGUUUCACCGACUCAAACAACAUCUUACAGCACAAAGAGUGACUACAAGACUGAAGUGGUUACCGUGAAGUCUUCAAAGGACAUCGUUAAUGUACCAACUUCACCUGUCAAGACCACCACAAGCAUCAAAACCUACACCAAGGAGGAUGCUUCACCCACUAAAUCAACAACAUAUUCUGUCCGCUCCACAAAGAGCACUGAGGAUCAACUGUUUGAUACUCUCAUACCAACAUCAAUCAAGUCAGCCAACACUGACAGCAGUCGCGAGGAUAUAUCAGUCUCCAAAUCCAUCAGAACCGUGUAUUCUACAAACGAGAGAGAUGAGUGGAGCACAGUCACAAGUCCUUCGUACUCCAGAACAUCAUACUCAGAGAGCAGGCCUGCUGAUUACCUCUCUGACACGCUCACAUCAAAAACCACUACGACUGUGUACACAUCACCCGAAAGGGUAGUAAGUGGGAAGGACAUCUGCACAGUCUGCCAUAAAAACAUGUACACAGAUGAGAAGAUUAUCCUGGAUGACAUGAAUAUCAACUGUCACGCAAGUUGUUUCAAGUGUGGGGUGUGUAAUGCUUCUCUGGGACUCCUGAAGGCAGGAGACAGUUUGUGGGUGUACCGUCGUGCCAUUCACUGUGAGAGCUGCUUUGGUGUCACUAAGGGCAAAUGGCUCCGCUGAAACUACAUUUAGCAAUAAUGAAGU